AUGGCGGCCGAAGCACAAGCAGCUGCGUCUCCCUCUCCAGGUAAAGAGGCCCCGACUAUCUUGAACCUCACGAUCGUCCUUCCCGAUCCCGAGGCCGAAAAGCUGCAUAUCAUGGUAUCGUCUCAAGAACAAGUUCACGAGGUUCGACAGUCCAUCAUCGACCUGCCGGCGGCCUUCCAGUACACGUGCUUCCACCUCGAGUUCCAAGGCCAGAAGAUCAAUGACUACAUACCCUUGGCCGAGAUCCCGGAUCUUGGCACCGAGCCGGAAUUUCGCUUGGUGCCGGACCCGUACACCGAGAAGGAGGCCCGUAUCCAUCUGGUCAGAAUUCGUGAGCUCAUCGGUGCCGCUGGCAACCGCGUCGAUUCCGCACACGGCGUCCUGCCCGGACUGUCGCUGUACGAAUCCGUGACCAAGAAGCUGUCGGUUGAAACCGAGGGCAGCGAGGAACAGUCCCCUGCCAAGGACUAUGACUUCCAAGCUACUCCUUCGAUUACCGGCCUCGUCCCUGAGCCCCUUGAGCCGGCUCCCAAGACUGUCAAGAUGGUGGCUCUCUCAUCAUGGAACCCUCCGCCAUGCCAUUUGCAGCAGCGCGGGCACUUGCUCUACCUUGUCGUCACCACCAACGAAGGAGAGCAGUUCCAGAUCACUGCGCACGUGUCUGGCUUCUUCGUCAACAAAUCCUCCAACGCCAAGUUCGACCCCUUCCCGCGUCCCGCUCCCAAGGGACAGUCGUCUCAUUCCCUGCUGAAGCUCAUUGAGCUGCUCUCCCCCUCCUUCUCCAGCUCUUUCGAGAGCCUCCAGGAAUACAACAGCAAAAGGGACCCGCUGGCGACGUUCCAGAUCACUAACGCAAUCCCCAACUCACCUUGGGCUGUGCCGCCCCCUACUUCGUCUCUUUGCACACACACUCCCGACGUCACGAGGCCGCAAGAGACCUACCUCCUUGCGGGCGUAGACAACACAGACACUCUGCGAGAUUGGAAUGAGGAGUUCCAGUCGGCAAAGGAGCUGCCGAAAGAGAGCGUACAAGACCGAGUCUUCCGUGAGCGCCUGACAUCGAAGCUCUUUGCGGACUACAACGACGCUGCCGUCAAGGGCGCGGUGUUGAUUGCCCACGGAGACAUUGCGCCGCUCAACCCAACAGAGACUAGAGAUGCGCAGAUCUUCGUCUACAACAACAUCUUCUACUCUUUUGGAGCCGACGGCGUCGGCACCUUCACCUCCGAAGGCGGCGACGAGGCCGCGCGGGUUGCUACCGGAAAGGAUGUCGCGGGUGUGCAGCUGGUCAACCAACUGGACAUUGACGGCCUCUUCACGCCAGCCACUGUGGUUGUUGACUACCUGGGCAAGCGUAUUGUUGGCCAGAGCAUCGUUCCAGGCAUCUUCAAGCAGCGCGAGCCAGGAGAGCAUCAGAUCGACUAUGGCGCGGUGGAUGGAAAGGACGUUGUUGCGAUUGACGACCGAUUCACUUCUCCCUUCUCUCAGCUUUCCAAGGCUCUCAAGGUGAAGGCGCAUCCUGUUUGGGACAAGGAUGGCAAGAGAUUCGACCUCGAGGCGAGCGUGGAAACGAAGGGCUUGAUGGGCACAGACGGACGCAAAUACGUCCUCGACCUCUACCGGAUCACCCCCUUCGAUAUUGCUUGGCGGGAAGAGACUGCGGCUGCAGAUGAUCAGGCCGAAGCGGCCGAGUAUCCUCACAGGAUGACGGUGCUGCGACCGGAACUGGUCGAGUCUUUCGGUCGCUACCGGAUGAAGCAGUGGAUUGACGCCGAGCUGGCUCGCCGUGCCCCGCCCAAGUCAGGAGACGCUUCGGCCGAGACGUCCACCGAGGCCAAGGACGAGGCCCCCAAGGAGGAAGCCAAGGAGGAGGCCAAGGAGGAGGCCAAGGAAGAGGCCAAGGAUGAAUCCAAGGACGAGAAGACUGAGGCCGAAAAGACUGAGGCUGGCGAGGUCGAGAAGUCUCAGCCCAACCUCUCCGACUUCAAGUUCGCCCUCAACCCCGACGCAUUCAGCGGCCAGGUUCCCAUCACCGACGAGGAAAAGGCCGAGCUCGAAGCCGAUGAGAAGGAGGUCAGGGCGGCAGGAGAAUACCUGCGCGACCGAGUGAUUCCGGAGUUCCUGCGCGAGCUCGUCGAUUCGGACAUCAGCUUCCCCAUGGAUGGCCAGUCCCUCGGCCGCAUCCUGCACAAACGGGGUAUCAACAUCAGGUACCUUGGAAAGAUUACCACGCUCGCUACCAACGACCGACUUCGCUGCCUGCGGGAGAUUUGCAUCCAGGACAUGGUUGCCCGUGCGUUCAAGCACGUUGCCGCCAACUACCUGCGAUCUCUCCCCAUGCCAUUUGCGCCUUCUUGCCUGUCUCAUCUCCUGAACUGCCUGCUGGGCCAUCGGUUCAACUCAAAGCCCACGGCCGAUGUUGACCAGACCUUCCGGGAGCUGUACCCAGAGGCCGACCUCUCGUUCGAAUCCGUCACACCCGAGACGCUUCGGGAGCAGAUUGAGCAGCAGGUCUUGAAACGCUUCCGUUACCAGCUUGGCGCGGAGUGGUUCAACGAGGUUCGUCCUGUGCAGCUGCUCCGUGACAUCUGCAUCCGAGUGGGCGUUCAGGUCGUAGCCAAGGACUACGCCUUCGAGAGUGGUGCCGCUGCCGCCGCCCCUGCCAGCGCUGCCCAGCCAGAGCAGGUGAAUGGCCAGGCGAACAGCGAGACCAAGAGCAAGAAGAAGAAGAACAAGGCGGCAAGAGAGAGCGCACCAACAACACCGCCGGUGUCCGCGCCUCCUACCACCUUCACUCCCGAUGAUGUGAUCAACGUUGUGCCGGUGGUCAAGCAUUCGUGCCCUCGAAGCUCGCUUGCGGAAGAAGCGCUCGAGGCUGGACGAAUCUCCAUCCUGCAGAACCAGAAGAAGCUCGGACAGGAGCUGUUGCUGGAAUCCCUCUCUCUCCACGAGCAGAUCUACGGCAUCCUCCACCCAGAGGUCGCAAAGGUCUACAACAGCCUCUCGAUGCUGUACUACCAGCUGGAUGAUAAGGAAGUCGCCGUUGAGCUGGCUCGAAAGGCCAUCAUCGUUUCCGAGCGCACGGGCGGCGUCGACUCGGCCGAGACGCUGCUCAACUACCUGAACCUCAGUCUCUUCCUGCACCAGAUUGGUGACAGCAAGUCAGCCCUGGGUUACUCCAUCCACGCGCUCAAGCUGUGGAAGAUCAUCUACGGACCCGGACACCCCGACUCCAUCACGACCCUCAACAACGCGGCUGUGAUGCUGCAGGGUGUCAAGGCUUACCACGAGUCUCGCCUCUGGUUCGAGGAGUCCCUGCGCGUGUGCGACUCCGUGUUUGGCCGGCAGUCCAUCAACUCGGCCACUCUGCUGUUCCAGCUGGCGCAGGCCCUCGCGCUCGACCACGACUCCAAGGCGGCCGUCAACAGGAUGCGCGAAUCAUACAACAUCUUCCUUGCCGAGCUGGGCCCCGAGGACAAGAACACCAAGGAGGCCGAGAACUGGCUGGAGCAGCUGACCCAGAACGCCGUCUCGAUCGCCAAGCACGCCAAAGAUGUACAGGCCAGACGCCUGCGUUCAGGCAUCCGAUUCCCCGUGGCCACAGCCGCGCAAUCCGCAGGCGCGGCACCGCAGCGCGGAGCGGCGUCCCAGAUCGACUCCCGUAGCAUUGACGAGCUCCUCAAGUUCAUCGAGGGCAACGACGCGUCCAAGGCGGGAUCGAAGAAGCGACCCGGGCGCGGAAACCCCAAGAGGCGAGGAGCGGCCAAAUAA